AUGGCGGACGUCGAGCUGACUGCGGACGGCCUCGUUGGCCUCGACUACAGUCCCAGAGCUUACCUCUCGCAUUCCUGGCCAGACGAGACGACAACAACUACUACUACGACGACAUCAGCAGCGGCAACGACAGGGACCAGUGCAACGGCGACAACGGCCUUCGAUGCUGCUGCUGACCCGGGGCUCAUGACGGAGUGGCACUUCCAACGUCUCCAGCCUCACCUCCAGUUCCACCACCAGCAUCAACAUCAACAUCAACAUCAACAUCAGCAGCAUCACCAGAGUCCACCAGACUACUCUUCUUAUACCACGAUGCCGCUGCAGUCGCCCAUAGGACUGCCCAUGCUGCCAGUCACAGACACAGAGGUCCAUCACCACCAUCAUUUAGACACCACUACCACUACCAGCAUGAUGGAUGGCUCUUAUAUCCCCUUAUCCACCCCCGUCGACAUGGUCCCCUUCACCUGGCAUGAUUUCCACGCUGAACUCGGUGCUUUCCCCCUCGACGGCACUGCUGCUGCUGCUGCUGCUGCUGCUGUCACUACUGCGGCGACCAUGAGUGGGACUUACCAGGCAGAGACCGGAAGCUCCCCCGUCGACAGCUACCUCGAGGUCCGCUCUCUCACCAGCGCCAGCAGCGACAACGGAUGGUCAGCCAUAGACAGAGCUCACUCCAUAGACUCUUCUUCCUUCCAUGACCAUCAUAGUCACCAACAGCAGCAGCACCAUCCCAUCUUCAUCAACCCCAGCCAGACCCUGCACAACCGCAGCCUGUCAGAGUCCUCCUUCUCAGACCACCACUCCCUCCACUCCCGCAACUCCUUUGGCUCCUUUGUCGAUGUCUCCCUCUCGCCACACAUGCACUCCCCGGGCUCGGAGUCGGCGCUAGACUUCGACUACGGCCUCCCUUUACCCCGUCGUGUAUCAUGCGAUCUCGUCUCCCAUGGCUCCAUCUCCCCGACUGCUGUCAGUCCCAUCGCCAUGGUCAGACCCAUGCCCGUCAUCACCACAAAGAAGCAGAACGCUUCCUCUUCUUCGCCUUCACGGUCGCCCAAGGCAUCAUCCUCUGCCUCUGGAUCUGGAUCGGGUGCUCAUGUCUCUGCUGCUGGAUCGCCCAGCAGAAAGCCGUCGCGUAAGAGUCCUAUUGCGGCCAAGAAUGCAGAGACCAAGGUCCGCAAGCAGAGCACCGGUGGUAAAGACGGUAGUGGCAACGGCGAGAAGAAGAUCGGUAAGCGGAAGGGCCCGCUCCGGCCUGACCAGCGGAAACAGGCCAGCGAGAUCCGCAAACUCAGAGCCUGUCUCCGCUGCAAGUUUCUCAAGAAGACAUGCGACAAAGGAGAGCCGUGUACGGGCUGCCAGCCAUCGCAUGCCCGGCUCUGGCAGGUCCCCUGCACCCGCAUCGACAUCAAAGAGAUCGGCUACUUCAUGAAAGACUGGAAGGCCGACUACGAGCGUCAUGUGACCCUGGGCUUCUCCGUCGGCAACAUCACCGGCUUCUCCGACCAGGAACGCACCCUCUUCAUCACCCACGGCUACGGCCAGGUGCUUCCAGUCAAGGCCCGCGAGGUCUACGUCCACGAUGAAGAGUGCUUCAACCUCGACUGGGUCGAGACCAUGAGCCGCCCGGCAAACCACUACGACCUCAAGACCGCCAAGCUCUCCGCCGGCAUGGAAGGCAUCUCCACCGCCAUGCUCUCAGACUACCUCGACCGCCACAUCGACGGCAACGGCAGCUACGAGGGUUUCGUCGACGAGUACUUCGCCGGCACCCCCUUUCUCACCCAGAUGCUCAAGACCGCCUACCGCUUCUACUUCCGCACCAAGCUGCCUGUCAUCCGCAAGGCCCUCAAGCUCACCCUCGCCUACAACCUCACCAUGCACGUCACCAUGGUCGAGGGACUCGGCGAGCUCGAAGAAGAAGCCUUCUCGGGCAAAGUAGAGGACUCUGACAGCCACUACAGAGGCAAAGUCAUGGCUCCCGUCAUGAUAAACUUCCAGGUCAAGUGCGCCAUGGCAAACAUGUGGCGCGAGCUCCAAAAGGACGUUCUCGAGGAACUCUCCGCCCUCUACUCCAGCGUCUACAGCGGCGAAAAGCUCAAGAACUGGCCCAUCAUCUUCAUGCUCGCCACCAUCCUGCUCGCCGUCUGGGAAGAAAUGCAGUUCGACUGCCACUACCGCGUCCAGGACCCCGUCGCCGUCUCCAAAUUCUGCAACGACAUGGAGUCCAUCCCCGUCGGUGUCAUCGUAGGCUUGUUCCAGGCCAUCUCGCAGAAGCUGCCUGCCUUUACGGACUGGGACACCGCGCAGCACCAGCAGAUCUUCAACUUCAACUCGGACGUCUGUGCUGCCAUGACAGAGGUCCGUGGCCAUGUACGGCAGUACGAGUCCUAUCUGCGCAGCCGCAACGAGACAUCUGUCUUUGACCGGGAGGAUUUCGACUGCCUCUCGAACAAAUUC